UUGGAACAUGUGCCCGACGCGGCGUGGCGGUAUUUAACUAGCACGAGGUUUCUUAUUAAAAUCGUGUCGUUUCUGCCUGUGUGGUGAGUUUAAUUCUGUUAUUUGUUGUUCUCUAAAAGUACGUUGAGUACUUACUAUUUUAUUCAUAUACUGUUGUGAGAAAUUUAAUACUUGUACUAUGCAGUCGAAUCAGACCGACAGUAUUGUAGACAGCUCUCUCGCCGAAUGGCCGACAUUACAUGAUGUAUGCAAUAAUAGUAAGCAACCUCUUCAGAAUGGAUGCUCUGCAAAAAGUAAUCGAAAUGAGCAAAGCAGAACUGUGUCUCCGAUUGAUAAGAGCGAAGGUGAUGAUAUCACACAGGAAAACGAAAAUUCGACACAACAACGCAAUUGCCGGGGGGCCAAGAAAAAAGGCAGUAAGCUUAAAUGGAAACCCGUACCUUUAGAAACACCCCCUUAUAAAAAUCGUUAUCAUCGCGGCGGAAGACAAGGAUCUGAAGCUUCUCGUAAUGGUUUAACUAAUUCAAAUAAAAACGAAAGUAAUGAAAUACCAAAUGGUUACGAAAGCACCAGAGGCAACACGCGAGGUCGUUACAGAGGCAAGAAAGGUAGAGGCUAUCCACCAAAUAGUCGGCAUCAGCGUCGAGAAGGAACUGCUAAAGAUAAUGAAACUGAAAACAAUGGGGAACAAGCUGUGCAGCCAUCUGAUGCUGAAUAUUACCCCCAGGAGUUUUUUGAUCCUUAUUUAAGUGGUGAUUAUUAUAAAUCUGCUACUCGUCGCAGUUUUAUUAAAAAGGCUAUUCGUAGUCAAAUAGAAUAUUAUUUUAGUGAAGAAAAUCUUGUAAAGGAUGUUUUUGUGAGACGUAACAUGGACGCUCAAGGCUAUGUGCUUCUGGAAUUAGUUGCAACAUUUCGCAGAGUGCAGAAUAUGUCAGCUGAUUUAGAUACUAUCGUGGAAGCUGUUAGUGAAAGUGAUAAACUGGAAGUUCUUGAUGGCAUAAAGGUUCGCCCAGUGAUAGAUCCUUUAAGGUGGCCACUUUUAGAGGAGGACUUAACUUCUGACAAAAGUCAUCUGUUGCUGGAUCCUCUUGAGUAUCGACUUUUAGAACAAGAUGUGUGGUGCGAUGAAAGUCAUACAAUGAUUAGUCCUUCGGAAUGGCCAGCUGUUGAGCAUGAUUUACGGUCACAUACUCUUCGACCUGAUGUCCCUGACUUUGUACCUGGUCAACCGUACAUGUGUACUGUGAUAAAUGAUUUACAAAAUAUGCACUUUUAUUCACAAGAUGAUGACCAACACAUGUCAAAUGGUAUAACAAAUUCUGCAGAUAACCACUUUGAUGGUAUGAUUCAAAACACACCUGUUGAAGCUGCAAGUUAAAAGUGUUUUAUUCCUUGUCAUAUUUGCCAGGUAUUGCUCAGCCUGGUACAUAACUUGUUAUGAUGCCUUAAGACUUUCAGGAUUAAUAGACAUUACUGACAUUACUUGAGUUAUUUUGAUGCAUGCAUAACUUGUGACAAUUUCAUCAUUAUGAUCAUUUAUUGCAUGCAUUUUUGUGAUAAUGCAAUUGUUUUACUUAUUUCAGUCUGAUAGAAAUCUUAUUUGCCAAAUUAAUGAUUCCGUUGAUAACUAAGAAGGGGGGAAAACUUUGCGUACAAAAUAUUUGUUAUAUGAUGUUUUUAAGAUUGCAUUAGUAUUCUUAUGCUUAUUUCAAUGUAAGCACUGAUUUCUGCCAGCUUUAAUUUGAAAAUCAACUGAUAUGUUGUUGGUAUGUUAUCCAUUCAUGCAGUAUGAAGAAAUGCUCUUGUUAAGAGCAUUAUAAUAUUUUGCAUCAUUUUUGAGUUUGUAAAUCAUUUAAAUGCGAGGGUUCUCUGAUAUACGUAUUAUAUAGUUUUUAGUUAUCUAACCUUUUUUUAGAAUGUAGUAAAAUGUUUGAUAUUUGAAAUAUUUUGUCUAAUUCAAAAUGUUGGAUUAUAUUACGACUGAAAUUAUUUUAGUGCUUUCAAAAGCAUUUUUGUAUUAGAUAUUGUAACAUUAAUUGCUUUAUCUAUUGUUGUGAAUAUAUAAUAUGUAUUAUCUUCCCUUUCAUUUUGUGUCGUACUGCACUGAAAUGGUUGUUUCAUCUUGAUAAUAUUUUCCUGAUAGUUGAAUGAACUGAUGCUUUUGGUAACACAUCGAGCUGUGUUAAAGAUAUGUAUUUUCCUUUCUGUAUCCUUGAAGUGUAGGAUUGUAUUUUUAUUUGUAAUAUUCAUUAUAGAAAGAAAUAUUGACUUAAAAGCUUGCAAAUAUCUCAUAAUUAUAUAAAUGUGUACAGCUGUCUAGUCUCAUAAAUUGUUAGUUAACAACAUUAUGCAGUUUUGGAUUUGGGAGAGGGAGUUUUGACCAAAUAUUACUAAACCUACUAUUUUGUUGUCAUAUUAUUGCAUAUUGAGUGCAUGUAAAUAUUUUGUGAUCCUGUUGUGGUUUACUCUUAUAAGUGGUGUAAAUAGUUAACACAUAUUCUUAUUUUCUAAAAAAGUAUGUUUCAAGCUUUUAGGUGGUAUUUUUCACUUUUAGUGUGUGGCAUAAGACUGAAGCUUGAACAAAGAUACGUGUUUUGUAUUUGACUAGAUAUCACGUGUAUAUAAAAGAAUCCUUCUGCAGUUUUUGUGUGUACAUAAGUUGAAAGUCUAUGAUCUUUUAAGGAGUAGCAUUAACGGUACCUUGUGGCCUUGUUUUCUAAAUACUCAUAUAUCAAUUUAGUGUGAUUGUUUAGUCUAGAACGCAAAUUAAAAAAUGUGUUCCCAUGGAUAUAUUGAAGGGAUGCCAUUGUUAAAUUUAAUUUCCCAAAUGUGCUAUUACAUUAUUCUGCAUAUUUUAUUAGAAUUUUACAUUGGAAGUACUGGAUUGUAAUAUGCAGUGACUAAUAACGUAUCUGUUUAUGGUGUAUAUUUUUAACAUGAAAUAAUGGCUGUAAUAUAUUAUCCGUAUACUCUGUUCUAUUUAGGCACAUUGUGUACUUUCAUGUUUGUGUGUUAGGUAUUUGGUGGAGUGAAGUGUGUAUGUAUGUGUGACUUUAAAUUAUAGAUUUAGGUAUAUCAUUUUAAGUCUUGUGAUUUUUAUGUUAUGAUUUGUGAUAAUAGGAAGCUUCAAGUGGAAAGCUCCCAAAAAUUGGAAUUGAAUUACAGUUGUGCCUCAGUAUCUGUGGUUUUAUGUGACAGGGGGCAUUCAUGUUCAUGAUAGCAAUCUAUAAUAAAAGGGGAAUAUAACUCAAGAUGCAUCUAAUGGUAUCUCUACAAACCUGAAUCGUGAAUGUAAUUAAAAUUGGAGAAUAGAAAUAGUCAUAGUGGAACUUCUCAAACUCUGAUCUUAUGGCUCUGCGUUGUCUUAAAUAUGCUGGUAGAAAAUCUUGACUGUCAGUAUUUGAUUAUUUAAUUUAUCUUUAUUUCUGAAGCCAUACUGUUUCAUGUUUGCUUGAAUUAUUCAAUCUGUCAACAAUAUGUUAGCAUUUACAGUAAAACCUAAGCAGGUGAAAAUUGAUACUAGUGUACACUAGUAUUUGGAAACUGCUAGUGGGCUAUUAGUUGAAGAUUGAUUUUUUAUUUGUACCAUCUUGUGAAACAGUGUUUUAUGCUGUAUGGUACAAGAAGUACAUUUAUUUUUUUGCUUGGUACUUCAUUUUAUAAAUGAGUUCAUAAUGCAAAUUUAGCCAAGCCAAACAAUCUUUUUUUUUUUUUUUUCUUCUUCAUUUUCCAUCCUAUUUUGAUUCUCAGAUGAAUUAUGUUUUCGCUAGAUUUUUUUUUUUCUUCUUUUUUUUUCCAUUUUACUGUUUUAGUUAAACAAAAAUAUUUUAUCUUUAAAAUACAAAAGAAAAACAUGUACUGAAAUGUUCUUAACUGCCUAUCAAGAUUUUUGUUUGAAAUAGUUUUAAGGAGUACUUUUUUUUUAAAUUUUAUUCUUAUUUUAUUUCCAAACCAAAUAAUGUUCCUGGUAGAAUCUUUCUGUUUUGUUUCCAAGUGUUUCAGCUAAAUGAGUUAACUUUACUUUUGAAAUAGAGAUUAAAAAUGACCUAUUAAGGUAUUAAGUGCCUGUUAGCUAAAAUUGCGAUUAAAAUUUUCACUGAAAUAUUAGAACAAAUUAGUAAAGAAAUCUAUUUUCUGCAAGAUCAAUUUAUAUAUAUAAUGUUUAAGCUUUAGCAUAAAUUUUAAAAAAUCUGAAGGGAAGGCACUAGAAUUACAAUCUUUGAAAUCAGGGUAAAGAACAUGUAUGAAAAUGCCUAAUCACUUAAUUGUAUAUAUUUAUUCUGCAUAUAUCUCUUUUCAAGGAUGAAAUAUAUUCAUAUAAAAUAAUUUAAAUAAGUUUUAAAAAUAAAAAUUAGUUCUUUUUGUUCGUUAAAUUUAUUAUGCUACCGUUAAAGUGGCUAAAAAUAAAUAAAUUUAACUUGCAGAAUAUUUUAUUAAAUUUUAUUAAGUGGUUAAAAAUAUCUAUCUUCAAUGCUUAAAACAUGGAACUUAUUGAACACAGGUUAUUGUACAUAAAGUAAUAAUCCUGAAAUUUUCUGAUUAGUACAUUACAGUUGCCAAAUGAAUAAUGUACGACCUAUUGUAUGUUAUUAUAUUUAAUAGUAUAUUGUGUAAUGUAUUAUUAUAUACAGAACAAUUUGAUGGUAUGUUAUUUAUUGUUAAUGUCUUACAUGUAUAAUUUGACAAGUAAAUGUAACUAAUAAUGUAUGUUACAUAAAUGUUCUGUGUAGUAUAGCAUUUGCUACUGUCAGCAGUUUCUUGCUUCUGUAAUAAGUUUUGGAAUGUUAAUACCUGUGUAUAUGGAGGCACUACUGUAUUUUCAAAUAUGUAAUUAUUUACUUCGUAUUUUUUGUAAUUUUCAUGAUUGUGCUGAUGCGUGAAAUUUUUUCUGUGUUUUUUUGGUAUUUUUAUAUUUUCUCUUUUUUAUAUUAUGCAAUAUGAAAAAAAAUUAGGAGGGAGGGGAGUUUAGUUAUUGUUUCACAGCUUUUUUUUUUUAUAUAUAUAAUUGUAUCUGAAGAUGUCUCUGCAAUUGAUGGCAUCAUACUUUUUCCUCAGCAUUUAAUGAAAGGCAUGAUUUUCCCUUUUUUAGUUCGUGAAAGCAAGUGAUAUUUGCUGUUUUAUAACUGAAUAUGUAAAAUAAUCUAAGAGCAUUUUAAAGUUUCUUUUAACAUAAGUUCAACUGGAAUCAAUAAAAAAAAUUGUUUUUCCAUAUUUCAUUUGUAGAAGCUUAUGAAAAGGUGCAGGAUUUUGUUUGUAAUUUGCCAUUCUGUUCGAACUGGUGUUUAAAGUACAGAUUUCAUUAGAAUUACGAUAUGUUCUCAUUUCCUGCCCUUUUUGUGAGUACAUUAUGCAAAUUUCUAUUACUAAAAUAGUUUUAUAUUUGUUAAUUUAUUCAAUGCAUACAUUAAAUUGCAAUAAGUAUGCCUGUACAUGUAUAUAAAAAAUAAUGAGCAAAUAUUUAGUUUGGGGGGAGGGUAAUAUUUUUAUUUUACUCUGAGAAAAUUAAAAUCUCAUUUAGAGGUUCAUUUGAUGAAUUCCAAAUUCAUUUUAUUUUAAAUUCUUUUUUUUGUAUUGUAAAUUAAUUAGUGUUAAAGCUGAUUAAUUUCUCCCUGGUGUAAUCUGAAUUGCUUCUUAACCACAAAACCAGUAUUAGAUUUGGUGAAUUUUAAUAGUAUAUUAACAGAUAUGUUUUUUCUAAAAUUGGUUUUCCCAUUAUAUAUUCAUAUUAUGUAUGUUGCAUAUUUAAGUUACAGCUAAUAUCUUAGCACAUACUAUAUAUUGGUUUUAAUGAUUUUUUUUUUUUUUUUUUUUUUUUUUUUUUUGUAUGAAACUGUGAAACACAUAGACUGAGUUGUAUUUUGUAAUCUCAGAUUUCUGUCAUAAAGGUGAAAAUUUUGAAUUUUUGAAAUAUUCUAAUAUAACCAAUAUUUAUCUUACUCUUAAUCUGUAGUUGAUUAAGUAUAUAUUAUAAAUUGUAUUAAAAUAAGCAAGCAUUUGCUAUUUCUUAAUAAAUGUUAAAUUAAUUGAAAAAAUAUUUUGUAAUUGUUAAUUCUAAUUGGCAUAUCACUGUUUAGUUUCAAAUAAAUUAUCUUUAAAAUCA